AUGCUUUCAGGCUUCAAGCUCCCCAAGCGGAAGGUGGAGUACUUCGCGGUGGACCGGCCGGCAUCUUCGUCGAAGAAGAAGAAGGAAGACACAGCGGCUGUGCCUCCCCCCGCAGAGAAAGGACGCAGCAGCGCCCGUGUCUCCCCAGCCUGGCCGUCCUCGCAAAGCCAAGAGGAGCAUCAGCACGUGGAGUCAGCCCCCAGGGUCCCGCUGGCUCUGGGGGUGCCAGCGCCUGGUGCGACUGAUGAGGUUCCAGCUGCUCCGGAGCCCGCGAUCCCUCAGGCCCUGGUGAUGAUGUCGCCUCCUCCUGCUGCUGCACCUCCACUCCCAGGUUCUUCUGCUGCUGUUGCUUUGGAGCGUGCUCUUUCGGAGAUGACCCAGCUGCAGGCGGAUCUCCUAAGCGCGGACCCACAUCUUGUGGCCGGGCGCCUGGAGCUGGCCUCAGGCUGGCUCCACUCCGAUUUGGCUGUUCGCGCGAUGCUGGGCCAGGCCGCCGCGGCUUCUGAGAAGGAGAAGCAAAGCGCCGCCAACGCCGCAGCCGAUCACGAGACGGCGUUGAAAGACGCCAAGGCCGCCAGCGACCACUACCGUGCACUUGAGGACGAGUUGCAGAGCCUGCGCGACCAGCACACCGAAGAGGCACGCUGCCGCCAAGCGAAGGAGGAGGAGGUGAAGGCCCGGGAGGAUGCCGUGAAGAACCGCGAUGCCGAGCUGGCGGAGUUGGAGAAGACACAGGUCGCCGAGCGGAGCUGGUUGGAAGGGCUGGUGCGGAAGGCGAAGGCGAGGGAGGCCGAUCUCGAUGCCAAGGCACGUGUCCUGGCCGAAGAUCGCGCGGCCUUCGCCGACCUCGAAGAGAGCUCUCGCAAGCUGGCCUCUCCAAUACAGCUUGAGGAAGAGUGCCGACUUGCUCCACGCCGGCUUGUCGGGGAGCACGGCGGCACCGGCAUCGUCGCGGCCCUCGACGCCGCUGCGUCGUACAACGCCUCCAGUGUCUGCGACUAUGCCAUCCGCCAUCGACGCGCGCGUAGCCACGACAUGCAGGCAGAGAAAGAAGCUGAGCGGAUGUCGACGAGGUGA